AUGACAUUUAUGGAGAACACGUCUGAAGUGAAUGUCUUCAUCCUUACAGGAUUAACAGAUGACCCAGGGCUUUAUAUUCCUCUUUUCAUAAUGGUCACCCUCAUCUAUCUCAUCACCCUGAUAGGGAACCUGGGGAUAGUAGCUCUGAUCUCCUGGGAUUCCUGUCUCCAUACUCCUAUAUACUUUUCCCUCAGGAAUCUAUCUCUGGUAGAUUUUGGUCUUUCCUCAACCAUUAUUCCCAAGGUGAUGACCGGGCUCCUCACAGGGGACAUGGUCAUCUCUUAUAAUGGAUGUGCUACUCAGUUGUUCUUUUUGGGGGGCUUUGCUACUAUUGAAAGUUACAUGUUAGCCUUUAUGGCCUAUGAUCGUCAUGCCACUGUGUGUAGACCCCUACAUUAUAACACUAUCAUGACAUCAAAAAUGUGUGCAUAUGUGAUAAGCGGGGGUCACAUCUGGGGAUUUCUGUCCUCCUCCAUCUUCAUAGGAAGUAUUUUUAGCCUUUCCUUCUGCAGGUCCAAUGUAGUCAAUCACUUUUUCUGUGAUAGUCCCCCUCUCUUAAUUCUAUCUUGCUCUGAAAUUCAUAUCACUGAAUCAAUAAUCUUCAUCUUAGGAUCAUUAAAUAUAUCCCUCCCAUUUCUUGUCAUCUUUUUCUCUUACUUGUUCAUCUUCAUCACUGUCCUGAAGAUCCGAUCUGCUAAUGGGCGCCAGAAAGCCUUCUCUACCUGUGCUUCCCAUCUCACAGCAGUGUUCAUAUUUUAUGGGACAAUCAUCUUCAUGUACUUCCGACCCAGCUCAAGCCAUUCAAUGGACUCAGACAAAAUGGCAUCAGUAUUCUACACCAUGGUUAUCCCUAUGUUGAAUCCUCUCAUCUAUAGUCUGAGAAACAAAGAAGUUAAGAAUUCUUUCAGAAAGGCUUUGAGGGGACACCAACUUCAAUUUGAUCAUCCUUUUUAA